UUGCCCCUGCAUAUUUUCCAGACUUCUGUGAUGUUCAGUCCCAAGAUUUGAAUCAUCGCAUUGCAAAGAUGGAUCUAGCCCUGGACAAGGUUUGGGAUUGUUUAUGUUCCCAGCUUGAAAGGGCAGGAGGGGAAGACAGUUCAAAUGUGGACUUUGGUGUAGGCCUGUUUUCAGGUUGCAAAGGAAAUGUGACUUGCAAAGCCUGGUUAUUUAAUGGAAAUGAGAAACAACGGCUGCAAUUAUAGUUUGUUCCGUCUACUUGUCUCUUUGUCUUUUCUUUUGAUGUGCUGCCUGUGGCGAAAAUAAAACUUAAUUGAGAAAGGCCCCGCCCUCGCAACGACCUGUGCAGCCAACAGAUUAUUAACGAUUAGAAACCAUACAGAAGCUAGAGGAGAGAGAGGUGGUUUUAAGAGCCCACUGGCUGAGCAAGAAGGCUGGGGACCUGAAGACCUGAGUGGUGCUCCAGGGUAGCAUUGCUGCCUCUUGCAAUCAUCUGUGAACAAACACAGGCAGCAGCUGGAUAUGAUGACGUUUCUAUUCCUACUGCUUCUAUUAUCAGUGAUACCUUCUUCCACAUCAGCGGCUCUCAAAGCAAAGAGGCAGAGUGACUUCUGGGGGAGCUGGGGAGAAUGGGGUGAAUGCAGCCGGAGCUGUGGUGGGGGCGUCAGCAUUCGACAGCGGCACUGUUACUCACAAAGGGCAGAUGGUGGGUCCAGUUGCAUAGGACCAACCCGAAGCUAUCGCUCAUGCAAUGUUAAGAACUGUCCUGAAGGCUCCGGAGAUUUUCGAGCAGAGCAAUGUGCUGAGUUUGAUGGGACAGAAUUUCAGGGCAAGAGAUACAAGUGGCUCCCUUAUUAUGGAGCACCCAAGAAAUGUGAACUAAACUGUAUCCCAAAGGGAGAGAACUUUUACUACCGGCACAAAGAAGCUGUAACUGAUGGGACGCCCUGUGAGCCAGGGAAGGAUGACAUCUGUGUGGAGGGAGUCUGUCAAGCUGUCGGCUGUGAUAAUAUUCUGGAUUCUUCCAAGAAGGAAGACAAGUGCCUUCAAUGUGGCGGGGAUGGAAGAGCCUGUUUUGAAGUGAAGGGCCUCUUCGAUGUGCCCAAUCUCCCUAAAGGCUACAAUCAAAUCUUCAUCAUUCCUAUGGGAGCCACAAACAUCCGGAUUAAGGAAGCAACACCUACCAGGAACUUUCUGGCCAUCAAGAACAUACAAGGAGCAUACUAUCUGAAUGGGCACUGGAUGAUUGAGUUUAGCCGGGCCUUGCAUAUUGCUAGUACAGUUGUGCAUUACGACAGAGGUUCUGAGGGGGAUCUGGCUCCUGAGCUUCUUCAUGCCAGGGGUCCCACUACAGAGCCCUUGCUCAUUGAGCUCAUCAGUCAGGAGCCAAACCAAGGGGUACAUUAUGAAUACUACCUGCCAUUGCAAAGGCAGAGCUUGGGCUACAGUUGGGGCUAUGGUUCCUGGGGUGAAUGCAGUGCUGAGUGUGGUGGAGGUUAUCAGUCACGCUUGGUCUUUUGCACCAUUGACAAUGAAGUAUAUCCAGAUUAUAUGUGCAGAGAUAAACCACAGCCAGAAAAUAACCGAACGUGUGGCAUUCAACCAUGUCCUCAGACAAAACGGAUAUCUUACCUCUAUCUGCCGGGAGCAUGGAGCCGCAACACAGCAUGGAGCUUACAAACAAAGAGCUGGAAAAUUGGGGAUUGGGGAGCUUGCUCGGCUACCUGUGGAGGAGGCACACAGACCCGUUCAGUUUAUUGUGUCUCCUACCAUGGACAUAGUUCUGAAAAUGCUGCGGAUGAUGCUGAGUGUGCAUCCUUGACAGAAAAGCCACGUACCACACAGCCUUGCAACAUGCGGCAGUGUGCAGCAUGGACCACAGGACCUUGGUCUGAGUGCUCAGCUAGUUGUGGGGAAGGUGUUCAGACCCGGACUGUAAGCUGCAGGGCACAGCUGGGCUCUCGGACUCUAGAGGUGGCCUGCUUGAGAGAACCAAAACCUCCACACACCCAGCCCUGCCUUGGGGAGAAUUGUAUCCAAGAGAUUGGCUGGCACAUUGGAGACUGGGGACUGUGUUCAAAAAGCUGUGACUCGGGCAUCCGAACCCGCCAGGUCAUCUGUGCAGAUGGUGAUUCCAAAUUCUACAACCAUGAAAUGUGCCAGGCCAUCCAGCCACAGAUACCAGCCAUGCUUGGAAGCUGCAACAUCCAGCCCUGUCACCUGCCUCAGCAGGUUCCCAGUAUGCAAGACACUGCAGGCUAUGAUAUCAGCCGCCAGGCCUUACUGACCCGCUAUAAUCCUGACCAUGGCACCAUAGUUUCUAGAAAUGAAAGAAUAAUCCAAGCUGGCUCUGCUACUCAUCACCGGCUCCAGCCCAAUGAAGAUCAAGGCUCCAAUUUCUUGCCCCUUCGAUGGGAGUCAUACUCAGGAUCCUCAGUGUCCCACCAUUUAAAUUCCCAUCAAAAUGUUGCCCCAACAACUGAAGUUCAGGGCUGCAGCCAGAGUCCUCAUGGUUGCUGUUCAGAUGGACACACUGUGGCAGCUGGUCCCUUUGGGCAAGGCUGCCCAUUUGACACUUGCCAUCAGAGCAGGUAUGGGUGCUGUCCUGAUGGAAUAUCACCUUCUCAGGGCCCAAAGAAAGAAGGGUGCUCACAGUACUACAGUGAUGUUUACGUGAACAGAAAUGAACCUGCUGCUGCCUCUCCAACAGCAAGCCAAGUUCUGUCCCAGCAGAAGCCAGCAGAGGAGUGCCGAAUUUCUACAUAUGGCUGCUGCUAUAACAACAUUGCUUCUGCAUCAGGACCUCAAGGGGAAGGAUGCCUCAACAGACCCAGCCAAACUUAUCCUAUCAAUUGUCUGCUACCCAGUGCCCAUGGCCCCUGCACAGAUUGGACUACUCGCUGGUACUUUGUAAGUGAUGUUGGGAAAUGCAAUAGAUUCUGGUAUGGGGGCUGCCAUGGCAAUAACAACAACUUUCCUUCUGAAGAGGAGUGCAUGAAAACGUGCCAUAAUUCAGUGGGAAGGAGUGAUGUGGGGCAUCACCACCAUGUUGCAAUUCCUAAUACCCACUCUAGUUCUUAUCUGCGAGAAGGAGGUGCACAGGAACAACCCCAACAGCAAUCUGCAAGAGGAACCAUCAUUCACAGCCAUGGAGGAGGAGGAGGACGUGGGUCUUUCCAUGCUCAAGCUGCUUCAGAAACUCACUCAGCGCUACAUCAUGGGGAGAGAAGCUGGGGAAGGACCAUGCGUAUAGAUGCCGUGCCUGAAUCUCAGCAAAGGACUGGCAUACUAGAUAGCCAGCAGCAGGGUUCCCAUCACACAGUUCACGGGGAAAGGGGGAAGGAUCCAGCAAACCAUCUCCAUGGUUUGGGGAAAACUGUGGUCUCUGACCACUCUGAGAAGCGGCUGACUGUCAAUGGUCAGACAGUUCACCAUGAGCAUGAAGAGUGGAGAAGAGAAUCUGCAGAUGGAUCAGUAGUGAAUGGAUUUGGACAUCAAGCCCCAGCAGGCUCUUCUUUCCAACAUUCUCUAAACAGGGUCCUCUUAGAUGGAUCAGAAUCUUCAGCAGUGGAGGCAAGCUUGGGACAAAGCAUUCGUCUUCUCUGCAAGGCAAGCAAUUCCCGAUUUUCCAGGGUUGAAUGGCAGAAGAAUGGGCGGCCAGUGUCCUCUGACAGGCAUACCUACCAGUCAGACAGUUCCUUGGUGAUCAGCCAGCUGAAAGCAGAGGAUGCUGGAACCUACAUGUGCAUCAUUGCAAAUGGGAGGGUAGAACACAGAAAGAUUGAACUGAGGGUCAAAGAAAUCCCUGGAUCAGAUGCAUCACAGAGAACAAGGCAUCAGUUGACUCAUGGUCCAAAUCACCAGCACAGAACGUUUGGUACAAGAUUUAGCGGUGGGCAGUCAUUCGACUCUGCUGUGCAUCCUCAGACUACAUACUGGUUAAAAAUGUAUAAGAAUGAACCCUCAAUAGUCAAUGCCAACAUUGGUGAGCGGGUCAGAUUGCCUUGCCGUGUAGAGGCUUUGCCUUCUCUAACCAUCGAGUGGCAGAAAGAUGGACAGCCCAUCUCCUCUCCAAGGCACAGGCAGCAGUCAGAUGGUGCUUUGGUUAUCGGCCGUCUUGCUCCUGAAGAUGCUGGCUUCUUUACCUGCAUUGCUUCCAAUGGUCAGGACCAGGAUCAGAGAAGAAUCCAGAUCAUAGCUAGAGGAGAGCUGAGAAUCACUGGCCUGUUGCCCAGCCUCUCUGUGUCAGUGGGGGAGAAUGCUCAGCUUCAAUGUGUUGUGAGAGGCGACAAUGUGAACAUAAGAUGGUCAAGGAAUGGGGUGCCAGUGAGAGCUGAUGGCCAUCAUACGCAGAUGUCCCAAGAUGGAAGCCUGUUUAUAAAUAAUGUUCAGAUAGGCGAUGAGGGGUCCUACACUUGCAAUGCCUACAGUGGCAGUAAUUCCGUCAGUGCCAGUACAGAGCUGAAACUGAUCAGGAAGAGGCCAGAAGUAUCUUCCCGUCUGCCUGUGGACCCAAGCAGGGAAUGUGUUGACCAACCACACCUUGCCAACUGUGACCUGAUUUUACAGGCCCAGCUCUGUAAUAAUGAGUAUUACUCUAGCUUCUGCUGUGCCAGCUGUUCUCGCCACCAGGGCUGAACCCCAUUGCCCCUAACGUGAUCCUUCCCCAGAAAAAGGAAGCUUAUAAUUGAGAAAUCUCAAAUUUGCUUACUUAAGCACACUCGCUGGGAACUGGAUAGAACAGUUGGCGGUAGCCAAAUUGCUACCUUCCUAAGCUAUCUGAUAUUUUGCAACACAAACACCCAAUUAUCUAACAGAUGGCUGACCUGCUCAUAAUAGGAAAUAACAAGAGAUCAUUUCUCUAACAUGGAUUAACAAGCAAUAUGGGUAAGAAUCAAAAAAGCUAGGAAGAAAGAUACCUUCAGAAUGAUCACUGAUAACAAGCAGCAUUCACCUUUAAAGUAAACUAAAACACAAAAAUUAACGAAAGCCAUUCAGCUCUUUCCUUUACAGAAGAAAAAUUGCUGCCCACAUUUGUGGAAAGUUGGCAGGCUAACCUUAAAUCUUUCCUAUAUGGUUAUCUCAAGUGUCCUACAAUCACUUACUGCUUUCCAGCUUUCAAGAGUUGCCAGAAGAUCAAGUGGAUUUGUUUGACAACAGAUACAAACAGCAAUAACAAAGAGGUCUUGGCAGCUUGCAAACAGUGUUUAGACUUAGUCAGAGCUGCAAAGGACAGAGGUUGCUGAAGAAGAAAAACUGCAUAGGAACUUGGAUAGGGCCUUGCACUUCUGAUAUCCUAAAGACAGUAAAGCUGCAAUUCUGUGGCCACCUUCCUGGCAGUAACCCCAUCUGAACAUAGGAGGACUUCAAGUUAAAUAUGCAUGGGGAUGCACUAGAAGAUUCCCAAAGAAAAAAAUAGGAUGUUCUGGGAUUCCUCAUGCAUAUCAAUACUGGUAUCUCCUAUGUAUGGCUAGUAGGAAGUUGACACUUCAAAAUAUCUAGGCCAAGGCCUGCCACUUUAUUUUCUCAAUUGCUCUUGGAUGGUAACACCUAUGCUUUAUAUGUAACAUCUAAGGUUGACCACUGAUUACAAGAAAUGCCACAAGCAGUCAACUUUACUGAUCUCUAGAACUUGCUACUAUAAACAUGCUUUGUGGAAGGAAUGAGAAGUUAUGUAGUUCUUAAUCACAGAAGAAAUUAUUCCUACCUAGUUGAACUUUAAUUGUUGAAAAAACAUGCAUAGAUAACAUUCCUUUCAGGAAGCACCAGUUGAAUGUACACUUUUUCCAUAGAUGAUUAUUGCCACAAGGUGCAGUCCACUACUAUCAGGUCUAUUUACAUUAGUUUAAUGUUAUUUCAAUAGUCGGCAAGCACGCACAGUGGUCUACAGUGCAACAGUCCACCAAAAAAAUCCUUGGUGAUCGCAGGCUAUUUUAUACCACCGGGUCACCCUGGUCUCGUUUUCAAGUUAGUGGGGGAUGACCAGCCCUCCAAUGGCCCGUCCAUCUUCUUUUAAUUAUAGAUCAUUUGGCAGGUCUGUAUAACGCAUCAUGAAUUUGCCUGCCUACCAUGAUGUUAUUCAAGUGGACAGCUGGUUGGUAAUAAUUAUAAGCUCACCAGAUGUCUCCAGGGAUAAGGGAAAGGGAUAAAAUAAUAGAAGUCAAUCUGGUAAAAAGCUCUAAGUAUGAAGAACGCUCCCCAUACCCAUCCCACAUGCUCACCUUGUCUGGUAUCAUGGCUGGGCUAGCCGGGCCUGGGAUCUCAGUUGGAGACAUCCAGCAGCAAGCUGUACCAGGCUAACUGCAGAUCAGGUUCCACCUGAGCCAUGUACAUCUGCAAUGAGUAGAUUUGAAGGGAGUUAGGUGCAAUCAUUGCCUAGUAUAGCAAUCAGACCCAGAGGUUUUUAAAACUCGUCUGAUACCAAUCAUUUAGCCACUUAGCUGCAGUUGAGUGUUGCCCAGUGGUGCCACAAGAAGGCAGAGAACUGCAAAUGGAUGACUUUUAGCUUACAAUUCUGAUGAACAGUACUGAUGAAGCUGUACUGAACUGAAGAGAAAGAGGAAAAAGGCAGCCUUGCUAGGUUUAUGCAUGUGUCAUAUAACUGCUAUUUCAGGCAGGCUACAUGAAAAUUUUCCACUAAGGAGUGCUCUGCAUGGGAAGUAUAAUAGGUUACCAACAUCUUCUAUGAGGCACUCACAUAAUUAACAACUUCCACAUUUUAUCCAUUGCAUUCUGAAGAUAAGUACUCACCCUGAAUAGCAGCAUCUUGGAUGAUACAAUGUCUGAUUUCCUUCAUCCAGUGCUUUCAUGAAGGAAUUGUUUCAAUCCUUCCUGCAACAUCACCAUCACUUGCUCUUGAAAAGAGUAGGUCACAAUUCUAGGAUCACUAUAUUAAUUUAUGACCAACUGCAUAAAGAUCUCACUCAGCCAAGCACCAGAAGCAUGCUCUUUUAGUAUAAAAAGGUUUAUGCGCAGAACUUCUCACACAUAACAGUCAACUGGUUCUUCCCAGAUUAUAGGUAAACCCGUACUGCCAUAUCUGCAGUAUGUUACUCCAUGGAGCAACUUGCAGGAAAACUACUGAAGCAUCACCAAGUUUUGCCGAGAUGUUUUUAAUACAACAGCAUUUUAGUACAAGUAGUAUUUAGUGCCGCAACAGACACUGUACAGAAGCUUUGUUUGGGGUUAGGGUUAGAUUAACUACACAAGUAGCUUCUCUUUCCAAGAUGCCUGGACAACUAAUUUCAGAAACACUGGAAUGAGCAGCAUCUGUAAAAUGAUCCAAUUGUAAGAAUCAUCAUCACACUCUAAUGUACUAACAGCAAUCACAACUCUGCAGUGGUAAGUCCUUAUGUAAACUAAAAACUACCAUCCUUGCACAAGAGGGAGAUAUUGGCAUGCUCUAAGUGGUAAGCACAAGAACAAGAAUCUUUUUUUAAAAAAUUAAUAGAAAACCCACCAAGGUAGCCCAAUGAGGAUUGAGCAAACUUAGCAGCCACUGAAUGCCGAACGAUUAGGGGUGUGUGUGUACAUACACACGUGCAAGAGAAAGGAAUAAUAGAAUGAAAUAAUCUGAAGGAGAGCAGAGCUGAUAGCACAAUCCUAUACAUGUCUACUCAGCACAAUCCUAUACAUGUCUACUCAGGAGCAAAACCCAUUCAUUUCUUGCUCCCAGGAAAAUGGGUAUACAAUUGAAAUCUAAAACACUGAACAAGAGUGUUCCACACUCCAAGUUUUUGUUGCAAGUCUCAUUUUUAUCAUACAGUUUCCUUAUUUUCAAACAUCCAAGGCUGAGACAGAAGAACCUUACUAUCAUCAGCCAGUGUAGAAGAGUGAAAGAAAAAUGCAUUGGGAGUUUUAUCCCUGGUGUCAGUGUUUGUAGUCCUCAUUCGUUCUGAUCAUCCAACUUACGAAUGUUGAUAACAUGUAUCAAUUGGCUCUCUAAAAAAGCACUGUCUUCACACAACAUACAGCUGCAUUAAUCAUGGGCAAUAUUUAGAUGGCAGAAACAAUAUGAUCAGUGCUUAUUGUCUGCCACUGAAUCGCUAGAUCCUACAGAAACAACUAUGACACAAGGUUUUUCCCCCAACUGUAAAAGGAAGGUGCAUGUGGAUUCAGUGUUUAACUCCCACACAAGGCUCCCACAAGAGGCAGGGAUGGCCACCAACUUGGAUGGCUUUAAAAGAAGAUAAGACAAAUUCAUAGAGGAUAAGACAAACAAUGGCUACCAGCCAUUAUGGCAGUACUCUUUCACCAUAAUCAGAGGCAGUUGCUUCUGAAAACCAGUUGCCGGAAGCCACAAGAGGGGAGAGUGCUCUUGCGCUCAGGUCCUGCUUAGAAGCUUCCCAUGGGCAUCUGGUUGGCCAAUGUGAGAACAGGAUGUUGGACUAGAUGGGCCACUGGCCUGAUCCAGUUGGCUCUUCUUAACUCUAGCAAAGAUAGCCAGGGAACAAGAACAUGAGGAUAGCUUUUAUUCAGAAUUUGUUUUCCAUGGAAGAGGUAAGGUACGCUCAAAGAUUUCUGUAUAAAAAGCAAACAAAACAUUAUAUUUAAUCUACAAAAAACAAUAAUACAAGUAACAUGAAUUUUAUAGGCCUGAAAAAAGGAAUAUGCAUUUCUCGGGAAAGACACAAACCCCAAUCAACUGGUAGUAGCACGGAUACUCCAUCCCCACCAUAAUGGAGAUGCAGAUACAACCAUGCUGUAUUUUGAGCUUUAAAAUAGGGAGAGGUGGUCAUUCCUGGUCUGGCUUUUCACAGCAGAAAAGCAUUUAGCUCUGUAUUACUGCUUUAUUAAAUGAUGACAAGAGUUCCUGAAAUGGCAGAACAU